AUGGCUAGAGCCAGCAACCAUGCUGCAGGAGCCUCCUUCUUGUUUAGCCAGCUUCCUCUUCGGCAAGAUUAUGGCGUGCAGUGUGAGGCGGCACGCCAGCGCUUCAGGCAGUUCCAGUACUCAGAAGCUGCACGGCCUCAAGAAGCUUUCCUCAAGCUCUGGGAGCUUUGCUCUCAAUGGCUGAAGCCAAAGAUGCAUUCUGCAGAAGAAAUCGUGGAGCUGCUCGUGUUGGAGCAAUUCCUGGGUAUUCUACCCUCAGACCUAGGGACCACGGUGAGAACGCAUGCCCCAGAGGAUCGACACAGACUUUUCUCCCUGAUAGAAGACCUGCAGGGAGAUCGUGGCAGACCAGAGUGGCAGGCCAACAAGGAUGAUAAACUGAAGGACAAACGUGGGCCAGAGCAUCCAUUAUUCAUGCUUUCAAACAUCCUCUCUCAGUCACCUACCCUCCAAGUAAUGGAACCUGUCACCCACCCCCUUGGCAUCCCACAAGCAGAGCUACAGGAGCUGAAAAACUUUGAUGAUGGCCAACAUCAUGCCUCUUUGGGCCUUGGUACCAGUUUCCACAGAUGGUAUGAACAGCUAGAAAUUCCUGGCAACAAAACUCCAAAACACCUGUUGGCUGACUGUCUGGAGCCCAUGACCUAUGAGAGGCCCAGCCCAGGAGACAUUGCUGGGAGCUCCCACCAGGAGCAACCUCUGGGCUCACAACCCCACAAGCAGAAGAGCCCGACUGAGAAAGCUCACUGUUUUGAUCAAUGUGGUCAGUGUUCUACUCAUAAGAAGCAGCUCAUUACUCACCAGAAACUCCACACAGGAGAGCCAGUUCCUGGUGGCCCCAGGUGUGGGAAAGGGUCCUUUCAGGGGGAAGAUCUCUAUGAGCACCAGUAUUUUGACAAGGGUCAGAGGCCCUGUGAGUGCUCUGUGUGUACCGAGUCCUACGGUCAUGUUACACAGCUUAGUGUGGGCAAAGGAAAGUACGCUAACAGGAAAAUAUACCACUGCUCACAGUGUAGGAGGAAGUUCGUGUAUAGGUCCAGUCUGCAAGCACACUUGAAAACUCACACUCAGGCCAAAUCUUUUGAGUGCCUCAUUUGUGGGAAGUCCUUUAAAUGGCGCUUUGCUAUGGUCAGACAUCAGAUAUCACACAAUUCAGAGAGGUCAUUUGCUUGUGAAUAUUGUCAAAAAUCCUAUAAGUAUAGGUCAGGCCUGCUGGCACACUUAAUUACCCACACGGAGGAAAAUGUCCCCAGUGGCAGUUCUUGCAGGCUGGUCCUCAGGAAGAGAGAAGCCUUUGUUGCUGACCAAGCUGCUGCUUCGGGAGCUGAAUUCCCCAUGAAUGAACUUAGCUUCACCGGUCGUGCAGAGGACACAACCCCUUAA